AUGAAAUGCGAUUACAUGGUUUAUUUUCUCCUGGUGGGUUUCUUCUUCCUUAUCAUUAUUAUACUACUCAACAAACCCGGUCUCGCCUAUAUCGAGAAAGAUGAAGCAGUUGACGAAAUACCGGCAAGCUUAACUUGCAAAUGGCCACCAUCCACGCCUAAGGAUUUUUACUCCGAAGGUGGCUACAACAUAACCCUGUGUGUACGACUGGAUCCCAGGUUGUCGCCAACAAGGAAGCCCAAGAAAUAUCCCCUUAGUUAUGUAUUUCGCAAUUGGAAAGGUAGAAGCAUAAUUUCCUUCGAAGAGCUCGGAAAGCUAUCAAGGCGUUUCUGGAAACUGGUGAGGUAUCCCGAGGUGUAUCGCACGUAUCCACAGGACGUUCCACUGAAGCAAAUCGUUAAGGCCGUGAAAGCGGGACUUCCUGUCACUGAUAUGCCACAGUACAAUUUCCCCAUCCGCAUUCUGAAAACCAGCAAGUCGGUCUGUUCAAACAGCACCAAACACGACCUCGUCAUUGUGGUGAAAAGUGGAAUUCUCGGAUGGGAUGCAAGGACGGCGUUUCGUGAAUUCAUGCAACGUGAGAAAGCUCGCAGUGCGAAUCUCCAUGUCGGAGUGGUCUUCAGUCUCGGAUUGCCUCGCAAACACGGUGGCAGAUUAUUCAAUCGUGAGGGCAAUAUCAUCAGCUUGCCUGAAAUCAGCGGUGACAUGCUCGAACAAUUUAAUGGCAAGGAAGAUGUAGUGAUGGAACGCAUCAACAAGGAAAUCGAGAAUUACGAUGACAUAGUGCUUGCCGACUACGAGGACACGUACUACAACUUGACGUGGAAGACUGUCACGAACCUGAGAUGGCUGUCGGCAUUUUGCAACAAAUAUCACGCCAACACAUUCAUGAUUAUCGACGACGAUCAUCGCAUGAAUCUCUCCAUGGUGGCACCAUUUCUCAAAAGUGCUUCAACCGAGACGAUGAGAAAAUCCAUUUUUGGAUUUGUCGGGAAUGUCGACUACGCCUAUAGAUCUCCUACAAAGAAAUGGUUUCUGUCCUACCGCGAAUUCCCAUGGGAUUUGAUGUAUCAGUAUCCACGAGGAUUUUCGCAAUUCAUCGGAGCCGACAUCAUUGACGACAUGGCCAUCGUGAGUGCAUACACGAGGUACAAUUAUUCACCGGAGGAUGUCUUUCUCGGAAUGAUUGCAUUUAAACUGGGUAUCGACCUGCACAAUGUGGACUCAAUGUAUGACCACACGGAAUAUGCCAUAAGGAAUACAGGUACUCAAAUAAAACCAUGCUUCAUCGUUGACCUCCUCAAAAGAGAUCACCAGUCGGAUUUCCUUAUUGAUGCGUUCCAUAGCAUAAGCACCGUGGCCAUCCAAACGCUCGAGCAAGUCAUCGCUGAUUCCUUCCAGGCUGGUGAUGCUGCCGUCACGACUGAAUAUUCUGCCACCGAGUUGGUGUGGCAUUCCCAGACUGAAGACGCCUCCCACAUUGAGCCCUGGGAAGCGAGGUUUCGCGCGUUUCAUAAAGGCGCGGAAUGCCGUUCUAGCAUCUCAUCCAAGAAAUCCACUUUGCACCACGAUGGCAAGGUCGUGUAUUGA